AGUCUAUGGUUUAUUUAAAUUUUUAUUUGUCUUUGCUAGUCCAGGUGGACGAAAAGUACAAAAAAGGUCUAUGGUUUGUGUCCAUUGUUUUUCUACAAUGUUAUUUUUCUGACUGCUGGUGGUGGACGAGAAAUUAGUUUCGAGUGAGUUUCGCGUUAGUGUUUCUAGUGUUCGUGUUCGAUACUGUGAUUUAUUAAGAAUAGAUCACGAAGAUGUCGUCACCGAGCGCUGGGAAACGACGCAUGGACACCGAUGUCAUCAAACUUAUCGAAAGCAAGCACGAAGUGACAAUCCUGAGCGGCCUUAACGAGUUCUGCGUGAAAUUCUUCGGACCUCCAGGAACGCCAUACGAAGGUGGUGUGUGGAGAGUACGCGUGCACCUUCCCGAUCAUUACCCCUUCAAGUCUCCGUCCAUCGGUUUCAUGAAUAAGGUCUACCACCCCAACAUAGAUGAGGUGUCGGGGACCGUGUGUCUUGACGUCAUCAACCAGGCGUGGACUGCCCUUUAUGACUUAUCGAAUAUAUUUGAAUCGUUUCUGCCGCAACUGCUCACCUACCCGAACCCGAUCGACCCGCUGAACGGUGACGCGGCCGCCAUGUACCUGCACAAGCCCGAGGAGUACAAGAAAAAAGUCUGUGACUACGUUCGUAAGUUCGCCACAGAAGAAGCGUUGCUAGAGAAAGACGCGAUAACAGGGGUCGGGGCCAGCGCCAACAAGGCGAGCAACGGCAACGACUCGGACUCGGAGUCCUCGAUGAGCGACUUCAGCGAAGACGAGGCGCACGACAUGGAGUUAUAACACAGACUGGCCCGGACCGCAGCCCGCGCGAGGCCGCUCACCGCCACCGCUCUGUGAACGCGUACGAGAACAAUAAAAACGUUCGUUGAUUCGAAUUCGAAUUGUAACGGUUUUAGUUUUCGAAUUUCGAACCCGGAAGUCGCACUUUUUGAAAGUAUCGUUGAACAACCGUAUCCGUUUUGGCUUGUUUCGUUUUGUAUUCGAACGACAAGAGAUUGAAUAUAAUUGUUUCUUAAACUAUUGAGAUAUUAAAACUAUAUAUAAUUGGUGUAUUCAAUUUUCAGUGGUCUAUUAAUUUUUUUCGUAUCAAAAUUCGUUUUGUUUCACUCUAAUGUACUUACUCAAUGUAUUAAUCCAAUUACAAUUUAAAAUAAUAAUACUACAUGACACCAAACAAAACACUAAAGCACUAUAGUGAGAUUAAUGUUGUAUCUGUAUUUGAAUAAUAAAAAUCGCUGCUACAGAUAAUAUUAAGAUAAUGGGGUUGCCAAUAAAAAUAUUUUUCCACACGCAGAGAGACAGCUUCAAAAAAUAUAUAUAUUGUAAAAAAUAAUUAAGGAUUCGAUCGUUUUAUGUAGAAAAGUUCAAAGUCACUCUCUUCUACGACUAAAGAAAAAUUUAUAUUCAUAGCGUUAAUUCGGAAACGUAAUUGUAAUGAAAUUGAACGUACAUUGUUUUCUAAAAUGAAAACGCCUACCGUGUUCACAAGUGCUCACAAUUAGCAGUUGGCGGCUGAGUUUAGUGCUGCUCUGUAGUAUAGGUACCCAUAACAAGCGUCAGGGCUCCCAUCAGGAAAACGUACUCGCACAGUUCCGCGUUGAACCAUAAACUUGUUGCUUUAUAAAUGAAGGGCUGUAAAUAUCCUGGUAAAAUUAAUACCGACCGAAACGCGUUCGCAGGUGAGUUUGGUCACACAAUGAAUCUUGAUAGGCAAAUACGAACUUAAUACUGAAGUACGUCUGCCGCGGACAGCUGUCAACAUGAAGUCAACACAAAACCACUACGGCCUUUUAAUCCUAAAAGGUACGUAAACUUUUGCCAGAUCAUCAGAAAUAUAUAAAUAUAUAUUUUUUGGUUGGUUCUUUUCGGCAUAACGCGGUCGGUGUGUAGCGAUGUUCUUGUAUUUUUAUGGAAUUGUAAAAACGGUAAACGGACCCUAGGAUUGUUGGUGAUUCGUCCUUAAUAAACGAGGCUCGUGAUGAAGCACGGCCAAGAGACCGGUCACGAGGUAUGGUCCCGGGUGCUAACGACCAGAAAAGGGUGGCUCUUCUCCAGAUACAUCUUCCCCGUCAUUCAUGGUAGUGUCUUUACUGUCUUUUUUGUUGUACAUUUAUACUUUACCCGCAUGGAAUACACUGUACUUUAAGUGGCUCCAGCACUGGGUAAAAAGUGACUUGUGUUAACGCCCAAUAUUCAAACUAUUUCCAUCCCGAUUAUCGUUGUUUUUUUGUUGUAUUUUUAUACUUUACCAUAUCAUUAAAUAAAUAGGUACCUGCCUGCAGGUCUGCCAUAAUCGUGUCACUGGACCAGAGCACCGGCUGUCUUUUUCAUUAGGCCACUAGCCCUGUCUCAUCUGCGAUCCGGUCAUAGGUCUCUGAACGCUUGGGGUUAUUAGUCGAUAGAGCUUCGAUAUAAUUCGAUAUUUCGACUAAAAAAAAUAAAAUAAGAGUAAUCAAUUUAGAACGCCUCUUUUUUUUCGAAUUUAUGGACAUGUUAAGUGUCGGUUAGCACUUUGGGAAGGUGCGAGUCUGUACCGUGUUUCGUUACGAGCGAGUAGAAUACGCUUUAAGGUUAGAAGCAAUACGACAGUCGAAGUGUUCACGUUAAAUCAGAGAAUCUUAUUGUAAAAUGGAGAAAUUGUAAUAUUAGAUAUUUAGGAUUUUAAAGGUUUUAAAAUGUAGACGUAAAAAUUAUUUGAGAGAGGCUGCGGUCGAUUUCUGGCCCCUGAGCUCAAACCGCUUCAGCCUUAUCUGUAAGGCAAUGUUUACGAGGAGUGCAUUGUCGGUCAACGCUUUUGAAUAAGCCUUAAUUACCUUAUCUUUCUUUUUUCUUCCACGGUUCCGCAUGACGGAAUGGGGAGCUUGUUUACACUUGACCUCACGAAAAUUGCACACACUGUAAUGACCUCGCAUUUUGCAUCUCGUUGAUUCUGCUUUGCUUUGAAAGAAUCUGAACGUCUUUACUUCAUAUUGAAAUCUUGUAGUGGUAACUCGUCUAUGAUCGUAGACUGAUGAAGCAUGGCGUAUCUGCAACACCUCCCCCACAACCCCGGCGCCGCAGCCGCCCCCCGUUAACGUGACGUACGCAACUUGCGACCACGAGUCUGUGGGCUGAUCAAAAUGGCCGGGAUCACGAGUUUUUAAAGUACUUCUUCCGUUUUGUUAUCUCUUUGAAGGAGAAGGAUUAGCGCGCUUAUAGAUACAUUUGAAAACUGUCUCAGUACCGUUCACAGAGCUAGUAGCUACGGGCGCGAUCGAUCUAGUUACUUGUACAUAACUUAAAUAUGUCCGACAAUAGAGUUUAUCGAACUUAAAUUUACUAAACAGUGUAAAGGAACAGUCAGCACUAUCUCAUAGGUAUUAAUGUAUUUUUUAUUAUUAUUAAUAAUUAAUUUUAGUCUUAAUUUCGUUUGAAAGAAUGUUGUUUGGUAAUCGCGCUUCGUUACGUGACGAUGAGCCCGUCUCGCGGUGUAACGCAGCUCUGUUAGUGCGUCCGCACCGAGCGUCGCUGUUCGCAGUUAGCUUCGUACGAAUAUUGCUUAAAUUAGGUAGCGCAUAAAGUCGAAUUUACGUUGUACAAAAACUGCACUUAUAACUUUGACUGUGGGGUUUUUUUUUUUGAUGUAUUAAAAUUAAAUUUGUAGAUUAACUACUUAAAUGAAUCUUAAUCUGCAAAUAGUCGUUUAGAUAUCAAUCGCAUUACACUAGAACCGAUUAUGAUUUGAAAAGUAUAAAUCUUGUACAUUCGACUUUAUACCUUAAUGUCGAGCAAUAACGUUUCGUGCCUCGCGUGAGCGGCGUGAGCGCUUAUCUGUCGGCGGACGAAAAAAUAAAUAUAAUUAGCAUAUCGUUGAUUUGCAAUUCAAUAGUAAUUACCCGUACGUGUAAACAAAGAUGAAUAAAAAUCAAUUGUGACGCAUUUCGCAAUGUUUCAUGACCCGUGACAUUGCACACGAAGGUUCGUGCAAAUUCUCUAAAUUAUAAUUUUUUUUUUCUUUUGAAUCCGUAUUAUUGAGUUAGAUCAGCGCGUUAUAUUCCUGGAAUGUUCACGGCAGUAUGUUGAUGGUCUCAGUGAGCGAACCAUACAGGAAAUUUAAUGAAGAUUUUCGUUAUGGCAACAGAAAAUUUUAGUUUGUCUAUAGUCGCGAAAUACACGAUCUGUGAUUGUUUUUUUCUUCCUUAUUUCCAGUUGUAUGUUCAUUUGUCAAUAGUGUUUUUUUUUUUAUAAUUGUAAAACAUCGUACUUAGUAUAAUUCAUAAUUAAAAGAUUAAUAAUUUAGUUGUUUUUAGCUUGUUUGGGCUUUGGACACCGCCUUUUUUUACAUCUAGAACAUAAACCAUGAUGUGAAUAUAAUCUACUGUACAUUUGUAACAUAGUAACGGGAAUUAACGCAUUUUACCUUUAAAAAUUUGUCCCAAUAUUCUAAAAGAUAGAUGCAAAAUCUUUUUAAAAUAAACAUCUAUAAUCUUAAGAAAUCUGUAUUAAAAAUCUUGCAAAUAAAAAACUGGAACACCAAUAAUAUUGUUGAUUAAAAUUAUAGGUACUAGUCUCAUAAUUUCGACGUCGUCGGGUAAUAAUUGCGUUAAUUCCUAAUAUUUUGUUAUUCAAUUAAGCAACCAAAAUAAUUUAUGAGUAAGUUUGUAACGCUUGUAUGAAUGUCGGCGGUGUUGCAAGCAAUAGAGAAAAAUUCGCUGUACACCAAAUAAUACUAGCAUGAAGAGCGCUGAUUCUGUCGUUUCCUGGGUUUGCUUGGCAUAAAUACUUUUAACACAAUGUACUUUUUGUUUGAAGAACAUAAUGCCACAAAUUUAAUUGAUUACAAAAAAAAAAUCGCCCAUCACUUUAAAAAGCUUUAAAUGAAAACAAAAUAAUGGAUUUUAAAUUUAUUCUUCAAAUAUUUUUCAACAUAUCAAUUUUUCUUUUCAUUUACAAAAAGCUUCAAUUAAAAAAAAAAAACGUUUGGACACAUAAUAGAUCUCUCAGUCUAUGACAUGUUGCGAACUAAAAGUGUUGCAAUUUGUAUAUUUAAGUGAAUAGGGUUAAACAUAGAUUUUAAAUUAAAAAAAGAAAACGAAAAAAAUAUAUUAAUAUUAUAGACAUAUAUUAUCUUCGAAAUAAUAAAAAAAAAACUAAAAGCCAUAAUAAUAUAUUUUGGUAUAAGAAAAGAAUAACGUAAUUUUUUGUCGAUGGUUGAUUUUGAUAAGAUUCCGUCAUGUCCACCCCUGCUUUAUUAUUUUGAUGAUAUUUUAAUAUUUUGACAGUGAACUGUUGGCCGUAAAUAGUACAUUUUGAAAGCAAAUUAUGUAUUUUUAAUAUUUGACAAUAUGGUGUUCCGAUGUCGCUCGAUAAAUGUACUGUAUGAGUUCCAACAACGGUUAUGCAUGUUACAAAAUUAUAUUAAUAACCAUUUUAUUUCUUUACAUAAUAUAAUAAAACUUACGUUAUUUUAAGUA